AUGAUCGUUCUAUUAGUAAUUCGUUUUGUUAUUUGCUUCAAUAUUAUAGUUAGUGGCGUUUCGAACUGUCCGAAUAAGCAAAUAAUCAAUGAAUCGCUCGAGAAAGUACAUAUUCCUGGUGCUGUGAUCAUCGUAGUGAAUGCUACUCAUACACUCUACGAACAAGCUUUCGGCUAUCAAUCGCUGGUAUCAAAACAACCUAUGGAUAUUGAUAAAUCAAUCUUUUCUCUUGGUUCAAUCUCCAAAACGUUCAUUGCUACUGCGGCUAUGCAUCUUGUUCAACAAAAUCUCAUUGAUCUCGAUGCAGAUGUUAACAAAUAUUUGAAAGAACCUCAAAGACUGAUUUUUCAUCCGGACUAUCCAACGUACGCUAUCACUCUACGAAGAUUACUCUCACACUCGGCAGCUACCUACCUCAGCCUUCCCGAGCAAUAUCCUCAAUAUAAACUAGGUGAUGAAGGCUUCAGUGAAUCAUUAGCUGAUAUGUGUUUCAAGUAUGCCAAUCCUAAUACAUCCAAUUGGUUACCAAAACCACCGGGUGCUGAAACAUCGUAUUCAAACAUCGGUGCAGCGUUAGCUGCAUUGGUUGUUGAACGUGUAGCAAAUAUGUCUUAUAUCGACUAUGUCGAAGAAAAGAUUCUCAAACCGUUGGGAAUUGAUAUCACUAAAACCGGUGUGCGACUAUCCGAUUUUGAUAAUAUGGAAGAUAUUGUCAAGCAUUACGCCUACGCAUCUAAUAAAACUCAUAUUGAUCAAUGGAAUAGCAUAAUGCCCCAAUUAAACAUUUCUCCGAUGGAAGACUAUUUUCCAACUUGGCUUUCUAUUCCACAUUUCAGUUUCAGCGCAUAUCCAUCAGGUCUCUUGCGUGUAUCAGGCCGCACUCUAUCGACGUUCCUUCAAAUGUUUCUCAGAAAUGGAUCUAAUGUCCUUCAUCCUAGGUCGAUUGCGGAAAUUCGAACAGUGGUUGGUUGUGGUCUCAUAUCGCCCUCUGAUCAGCAAUCGACGCAACGAUUUGGACUCAGCUGGUAUUGGGAAACGAUGAGUGAUGGCCGUCGAUAUUUCGGACACGGCGGUUCCUUGCCAGGCAUAGUUAAUUUAAUGUUGAUUAAUGAGAAGAACAAUUUAGGCGUGAUCGUUCUUUCCAAUGGAGAUAUUAUUGCACCAAAUGAUAUGUCAAAAGCAACUCUUGCAACGGUGCAAGACCUUCAUAUGUCACUUUUCGACUGUUUUGAGAGCAAUUCUAUGCAUUCGUCUUCAUUCGAUUCGAAACGGAGCGAUUUUCUUUUUACAAUCUUUAUUCUAGUUUUCUUUCUAUUUUCAGUAAUUUAA